AUGAUUUUCCGUUCAUGCCUUCGAGUUGCUGCGCUCGGCGCUUCGCUGGCCAGCGCAAUUCCACUGUCUUCUGCUCUCGGUCAGAUUGCUCAUGAGGUUGAAGUCAAUAGGAGGCAAGUGGACAACUCGACGUUCCGAUUUCUCAACGGCAACACCCAGCCUUUCCAAGUAAAGAGCCUGCCCGAUGUACCUUUCAAUCUCGGGGAGAUGUACUCAGGACUAAUGCCCAUUGUCACUGGUGAUUCAUCCCGCGAAUUGUUUUUCAUUUUUCAGCCCACUACUGGUGAGCCGGUUGACGAGCUCACGGUAUGGUUAAACGGGGGUCCGGGCUGCUCGAGUUUGGAAGGAUUCUUCCAGGAAAAUGGAUUAUUUCUGUGGCAAGCAGGUGACGUCACACCGAGCGAGAAUCCAUACUCCUGGGUUAAGGAGACGAACAUGCUAUGGGUGGAGCAGCCCGUGGGAACUGGCUACACACAGGGUGUUGCGACCGCCACUUCAGAGGAGGACAUUGCUCAAGAUUUUAUCAACUUCUUUAAGAACUUUCAGACCACGUUUGGAAUCAGCAAUUUCAAGAUCUACGUGACUGGAGAAUCAUACGCUGGAAGAUAUGUGCCCUACAUCUCGGCCGCAAUCUUGAACCAGCAAGACCCAACGCAUUUCGACCUGAGGGGCGCUAUGGUGUAUGACCCAUGUAUUGGUCAGUUUGAUUAUGUUCAGGAACAGGUUCCAACCUACGACUUUGUCAGGGCGCACGCCGACAUCUUCCAAUUUGAUAACGACUUCAUGUCCCAGCUCGAGUCCAUGCACGUUUCUUGUGGUUACAAAGACUUUCAGGAGAAAUACUAUGCCUUUCCCCCAGCUGGUGUGCAACCAAACGUGCGGACGAAGAGUAACUGCGACAUCUUUAACACAGCAGCAAAUCAAGCACAACAGAUAAAUCAAUGCUUCAACAUCUACGAGGUCAACCAGACAUGUCCUACACCACAAGAUCCUAUGGUCGACAACAUGUUCGACUCCUCUAAUGGUAAAACUAACUACUUCAACCGAGACGAUGUGAAGGAGGCACUACAUGCGCCCUCCGACGUGCAGUGGACAGAGUGCAGCAACUCCCCUGUCUUCGUUGGGCGAGGCGGUCCAGAGGGCGAAGGCGAUUUGUCGUUGGAUUCUAUCAUAAAAGUCUUACCGCAAGUGAUCGAGGCCACGAAUAGGACGCUUGUUAUCAACGGCGAUCUGGACAUGAUCAUCAUAACCAACGGCACGCUAAUGGCCAUUCAAAACAUGACGUUUAACGGAUACAUGGGAUUCCAGCAAGAGCCAAAUACGCCUAUCAACAUCGACGGCCUCGGUGAAGCUGGACGGUACCACAUCGAGCGGGGUCUGCUGUGGGGUGAAACCUACAAUAGCGGUCAUAUGGGCCCGGAAUAUCAACCAGCAGUUUCGCUGAGGCAUUUGCAAUGGAUGAGGGGGGUAAUAGAGGAGCUAUGAUUGACGAAGCUGACUGGAGGUGUGGGAUGAGUCGAUUGUUCGUCAUAUACACGUUUACCCUUUCCCAUCGACAUGCCGCACGUAGAAAAUGGCUACGAAUAAAG